GACACCCCUGGUCUCCGGCGUCCUCUUCGGGUUCCGGCGCCGCUCUGCAGACUUGGGAGUGUCCCCGGGGCAACCCGGGCAGUGGACGCAGUUAGCCUCGGAGGCUUCACCACAUUGCGGUCAUCACCUGCUAGGUUUGCUGGAACCCCGGCCUUGCAGUUGCCUCGCCACCAGUGCUGAGGAUCCAACCCAAGACUUGGCCAUGUUAGGCAAGCACUCCUGAUUAUUGUUUUUAUAACCUAACAGCUAGUUAGAAACAUGGAGCCUGAAACCGGAGGGCCACCGCCAACAAUCCAAGUGACACCUCUUCAACAAAUGAUGGCCUCCUGUGCUGGGGCUGUAGUGACAUCACUAAUGGUGACACCCCUGGAUGUUGUUAAAAUUCGACUCCAAGCCCAGAACAACCCAUUCCCUAAAGGCAAGUGUUUCCUGUACAGUAAUGGACUCAUGGAUCACAUAUGUAUCUGUGAAGAGGAGAGCAAGAAAGCGUGGUAUAAGAAGCCAGGAAACUUCCAUGGGACUCUGGAUGCCUUUUUAAAAAUUGUUCGGAAUGAGGGCAUAAAAUCCCUGUGGAGUGGCCUCCCUCCUACUCUAGUGAUGGCAGUUCCUGCCACAGUUAUUUAUUUCACCUGCUAUGAGCAGUUAAGUGCUUUUCUGAAAACCAAAUUAGGAGAAAAUGAAACCCGGAUACCAAUAGUGGCUGGGAUUGCCGCCAGAUUUGGUGCAGUAACAAUGAUAAGCCCGUUAGAAUUGAUCAGAACUAAGAUGCAGUCUAAGGCGUUUUCCUACAAGGAGCUCUAUCAGAUUGUGAGCGUGAAAGUGUCUGAAGACGGUUGGAUUUCCCUUUGGAAGGGCUGGGCUCCUACUAUUCUUAGAGAUGUGCCCUUCUCAGCAAUGUACUGGUAUAAUUAUGAAAAUUUAAGGAGGUGGCUUUGUGAGAAAUGUGAUUUAUAUGAAUCAACAUUUAUGAUCAACUUUACUGCAGGAGCACUGUCUGGUUCUUUUGCAGCUGUUGCGACUUUACCAUUUGAUGUAGUAAAGACACAGAAACAAACACAACUGUGGACGCACGAGUAUUGUAAAUUUCCUGAACCUUUGGAUAUGUCAACCUGGAGUAUAAUGAAGAACAUUGUUGCUGACAGAGGAUUUUCUGGGUUGUUUACAGGUCUAAUUCCUCGAUUAGUUAAAAUUGUUCCUGCGUGUGCCAUUAUGAUCAGUUCAUAUGAAUUAGGAAAGGGGUUCUUCCAGCAGCAAAAUGUUGAAAGUCGGUAAUUCUCAUGAUGGACUUUUGACUUGAGAUAACAACCAGAGCCAAAUAAGAUGAAACUUUGUAGGCAGAAUGGUUUUUUCAACAUUAUUAUCUUACAGAGUGACUUUAUCUGUCUUCCCUAUAAUUUAAAUGAAUAAUAAUAAUUUCUAGUCCACCUCUAAAUCAUAAUCCUAGUUUUCAGUUUUUGAAAUAUUAAAAACAUAAUCCAGGAACUGCAGCCACUUAGUACUCUUGCAGGACAAGUUUUCUGCGUGCAUAGAUCAUUAUACACUUCCCUGUAAACCAAUGCUGUGAGUGUGGGGCACAUCAGAACUUUUUGGAUUGUGUAUAAGCGAUGCAAUGUAGAGAGCAGUGCAGUCUCACGCAGAUUCAAAUCAUAAGUAUCAACAUGUCAGUAGAGAGCGGAAGAACUGCCACGUGGCAGUACAGCCCCUGGGGGUAUCUGUUAACUUCUCUAAUUCAGGGGCAUUGUGUUCCCUCACACCGGGUACUGCCUUAAGGCAUCAUGUAGCAUAGAAUUUCCCUAAUGGAAAGUGUAGCCACUUUAUCCAUGUGAACCAAAGUAUAAUCAUUUACAUAAUGUAAAUGAUUGACAUUUUUAGUGACUAAUGACACUUAUCUAAUAUUUUUGUAGGGAAUAUAUUUUCACUGGUGAUAGUAAAUAUAUAUUCACUAAAUCUGGAUCUGCAGUAGAAAACCUUGCUGUACUUAGUGAAAAUAACUAGUUUGGGUCACAGGAAUUGGCUGCUUUUAACUAGCUUGCCUUCCAAAUGUCAUUGUUUGUGGAGUUCUUUAGGUCAGUUUUACAACUUUUUCUGCUACAGCCAAUAUUCCCUAUUCUAAAAGAUCAAAAUAUAAUGCUCCAAAAUUUUCAGCUCUUGUAUUUGACGUCCCAAAAUCAUGCUGCUACAAUCACACACCUUCCCUCAGGUGACAGCAUACAGAACUCAGGCACAUGGAAACAUAUAAGUUGCCUUUAGGCUAUUUGUAUGAAUUGCACAUGAAACACAUGGAUUAUUCAUCACUUUAAGUAGGAAUGAGGUUUUUAAAAAUUAUAUUUAUUUAUUUGUUGUAUAUGUCUAUGUAUAUAUGACGGUCAGAGGAAACUUUAAGGAGUUAGUUCUUCCCUUCUACCAUGUGGACUUUGGGAUUUGAACUCACUUGGUCAGGCUUAACAGCAAGUGCCCUUUCCCCCCCUGAGCUCAGGAUGAGAUUUUAAGUAUGAUGGGAAUGUAGCUCAGGGGUUGAACUCAGAGUUUGAUUCCGGCACAAAUGAUAAUAAUUUAAAUAUGUAAGUAAGAUGGCAAUGCAAGAAAUGCUGUUGUGUUUUACUUACCUCUAUAAAGCAAAAAGCACUUUAUCACGUCCUAUAUGUAUUCUAUGAAAUAUGAAGUACCUCCUCCCUGUCGUAACAACAUAAUGUAUUUUGGUGACAAUGAUCUCUAGGGUUGGUAGGGGAACAAAUGCAUUUUAUAUCAUUGUGGAAAAUGUAUGUUUCAUCAGAAAUAAAUGAUACACGGUUUAUUGUACCAUGUUUUACAUUACAAUCCUGUGUUCAUUUAUAUUAAAAAAUUAAUAUAUCCAUA